AUACUUUACAUCCAAAACAAACAAAUGUGACAUGAGCCGGGCAGCAGGUUGAUCAAAGGUUAAGGCCAGGAAAAGGACUAUCCAAGAUGAUUGCAGGUGUUCUGUCUGUGUUUAACCGAUUACUGCAAUAUCUUGCAGAUAAUCCAUAUAUUCUGGGAGUACUUGUUCUCCUGUGUGUGUUUAUUUUGGCCUUGUCAGUUUUCUUUUCUGGACCCAAACCGGCAAAGAAUCCUUUCUCCAUAAAGAAUGUGCAUCCAGUGGAACAACUUGUUAGUGACCAGAAGGAGCGCGAUCGAGUUCUUAAGCAAAGGUUUAAGGCGAGCAAAGUCCCGGCAAACUUGGACACGAUCAUUGUUGGAAGUGGCAUGGGUGGGCUGAGUGCCGGGGUUCUGCUUGCACGAGCAGGGAAGAGAGUUCUGGUUCUAGAACAGCAUGACCAGGCAGGGGGGUGUUGUCAUACCUUCCAUGAUAAAGGCUUUGAAUUUGAUACAGGUGUCCAUUACAUCGGGAAAAUGGCGCCUGGUAAUGAUGACCGAGUGAUGAUGGACCAAGUAACCGGUGGAAGAGUGGAGUACCCGAGGAUGGAUGAGGCAUACGAUGUGGUUGCUAUGGGAGAUCCUCGUCAGGAAAAAGUGAGGAAAUAUCCUUUUAUGUCAGACGAACGUGAGACCAAAGCAAAUCUCAUUAAAUGUUUUCCUAAAGAAAAGGAUGCCAUCAACAAAUUCUUCCAGACUUUGAGGGAGUCCAAAAACUUUUUUGAGGGGUACUUUGUCCUGAAGUUGGUUCCUAAAUGGGUAGCCUGGUUGUUGGUUUCCACUGGACUGCUCAAUUUUAUAUUCAAGUCCUACUCUCGCUUUGGGAAAAUAAGUGUAAAAAAAGUCCUUGAUGAGCUGACAGAUGAUGAGGAACUUAAAGGAACACUGGCCUACAUCUUUGGAGAUUACGGUGUUGUACCUUCAAAGGCACCUUUUGGACUUCACAGUACCGUUUUACGCCAUUACUUCUCUGGAGCGUACUACAUAAGGGGAGGUCCCAGCGAGAUCCCGUAUCAGAUGGUUCAGGUUAUUGAAGAGCUGGAGGGAAAGGUACUGGUCAAUGCUCCUGUUUCAAAGAUCAUCAUGAAUUCAGGCCGAGCAGUGGGUGUCAAAGUCCAGAAAGGUGAAAGUGAGGUUGAGAUAUAUGCACAGCAUAUUGUGUCAGAUGCUGGUGUGUCCAACACUUUUCUACAUCUGCUGCCUCAAGAAACAGCCACAAAAUCAUGUAUUUACCCAAUGAUUCAGAAGGUGGGAGACAGUCUGUCCUAUUUGACAGUGUUUAUUGGUCUGAAUGGCACUAAGGAAGAGUUGGGGAUUAAUGCACAUAACUGCUGGAGCUUUAUGAGGCCAGACUUGGAGCAGUCAUUUGAGGAUUAUUUAUCACUGGCACCAGACCAACUUAAGGAUGCUGAUGUCCCUUUGAUGUUCGUCUCCUUCCCGUCAGCAAAAGAUCCAACCUGGCAUAAGAGAAAUCCAGAUAAAUCCACCUGCCUGCUGAUUACGCUGUCCAGAUAUUCCUGGUUUAAGAAGUGGGAGGAGAGUCGAGUCAAACACAGGGGGGAGGACUAUGAGGACCUGAAAACCGUGAUCGGCAAGAAAAUGUUGGACCACUGUAUCAGACUGUACCCCAGCCUUGAAGGAAAGGUGAAGUACUUUGAUGUUGGAAGCCCCCUCAGUAACAAGUACUACUUAGGGUUCCAGCAAGGAGAAAUGUAUGGCCUUGAACAUCAAAUGCAGAGAUUUCUGCCAGAGGCAAGCAUACAACUCCGAGCCAAGACAGACAUUCCCGGUCUCUAUCUGACAGGUCAGGACAUAAUGUCAGCUGGAUUAACAGGUGCCCUUUUUGGGGGACUGCUGUGUGCCUCAGAACUUUUGCAUCGCAAUCUGUAUAAUGAUCUCCAAACCCUCAAAAAGGAACUGAAGAAAUCUGCCUAAUAGGCUGUUUGAUGAAGAGAUACCAGAACUCAUUUGUAAUUUUAUAGACUGUAAAUCAGUAAAGAACUUGACCAAUGCAUCUAUUCUAUUCACAACUGUAUAUAUAUAUUUUACCGAUUCUACUACAUUUAUGUUUAUUUUGAAGAGUGUACAUGUUAUUGUAUUCCUUAAAUACUUAAAUGAAAGGCUAUAGAUACAGUACAACAUGCUUAUACAGUUCUGAUUUGUUAUAAACGUAAUUUGUCGUUAUUUGCAGUAAGUUUGUAAUAUAAACUAAAACUACAGAGGAUGAAAAUCACUGUAAGUCUGAAUUCAUUAUAAGUGAGUUCACUGUAACUAUAUUUUACUGUAUGUACUAUUGUGAGAUAUAAUUAUAGUUUGCAAUGAAAGACUUAAGCUAGAUACUAAAAUCUUUCAUUUACCAACCAUGGUGCUACGAAUUGUGCGACAUGAUAAAUAAAUGAUAUGCCAGAUUUAGAUUUUUUAUUGCCUUGCCAUUGUGUAUGCACACUUUUUUAAAAACUUGUUAUUGUUUUUUAUGGUGCUGUAGAUUGUUACGUCACCUGCGUUAAUCAGGUGAUUAGCUAUUGCUAUCUGUAUAAUAAUUAUGUGCAUCCAUCAUGAAAUUUCGAAUAUUUUGCCGAAAUUGGCUGUGCAGCAUUUUUUUUAAGGGAUGGAUGCAAAAUUUGCAAAUGUCAUGCUUUUGGAGCCUUAGGGUCCCAAAGGCUGAAAGAAUAGAGCAAUCUUUAUAAUAAACGUUUUUUUCCCAUGGACGUCUAACAUAAGGAUCAGGUUCAUAGUAUUAUUAUAAUAUUACUAUAUAAUUGUGAAUUUCAUGGCCUCGGAGUCAGGGGUUAAAAAAAUUGCUUUGUUCAUUGUUGUGGGAUAAUAAAGGUCUGCGGGCCAUUUGUAAUUUUACUGACUUUGAUGGUAAUAUCAACCACUAUGAAACAACAUAACAGUGAAGACAUUUUUUUUAAUGUAUAAAAAUGUUGUACAACUAAGAAUUAGAUAUAUCUGUCCUGUAUUUACUUUGUGGUGAGUACAUUCAUUAUAUUCCAAUAAAUGGCGAUUGUUUUGUACAGUACUGUU